CGGUCGGUCGUAUCGCUGUUGCGCGUCAGUGUCAUGGCGUUAUGAAAUUUAAGCAAAAUAAUAAUGUUAUGUUUGUCUGUUUGACGAUCUUGUUUCGUUUUUUGACAUCUUUUUAAACAUGUCUGGUGGCGACAAAGAGGACCAGACGGGUUACCGACUGUUGUGGAUACUGGAUGUCCAGAAGACGCCAUGCGCCCGCGAAGCUGUCCUGUACGGAGCUGGAGGGUCAGUGGCCGCAGGGCUGCUAAAUUUCUUAGCUACAAGUCGAGUGAGACGAUCGUUUAAUGUCGGGUUUGCAGGAUUUCUGGUCACAACACUUGGAUCCUGGUUUUACUGCCGGUUAAAUAAUGCAAGGUUACGGUCCCAGCGGAGGAUGAUCCAGGAGGGAAUGAGAAACAAAAUUGUAUAUGAAGGCACAUAUGUGGACCCUAACAUGAAUCUGGAGGCGAGACGUGGACCCCCAGCUGGGAUGAGUUUGGACGGCAAGCCACCAGCUGAAGUGCCAACGUCACACUCGUGAUCUUGCGGUGUCAUGAGCAAAAAAAUGACCUGGAAGAAUCAAUGUUCAUACUUAACCUUUUUCUCUGAUCUGAUGCUUUUACUUCUGGCUGAAUGCAGGUCAUGUAAAUUCAGACUCAUUCAUAAAUAAAUUGUUGAAGCGUUACUUACUCUUGUCUCUUUUU